UCCCCAUGUCUGCCCAGGGAAAUGUUGAUCCUGUCCAGUCCUCCUCACUGCUUCACAACUCUCUAUUCAGUAAUUACUGGGAAAAAAGAGACUUGCCCUUUAAUGGUCAUUAUCCACGUGCCCCUCUUCUAAGAUGUGUAGAUACCUUUUCCAUUUUAUUAUGAUUCUUUCCUUGGUUCUUUCCUCCUUGGUCUAUCAGCUGGCAAAAACCAAGCAGAGCCCAGAUUAUGUUGUGUUUUCCCAUUGACAGCCCCAUUUAGUUCCCUUGCCUAAUGCAGAUCCCUGAUGCAGGCUCACGUGGGUCUGUAAAUGACACAAUGAGGACUAGGCUAUUCCCAGUCCUCUGAAGCUUAUACACGCUUGGAUUGGUACAGUCGUCGUUUCUUGCAGGUGAACUCAACAUCUUGGCGUCCCAAUGCUGCAGCUUUGUUUGUUUGUUUUCUCACCCCCUACCCUUCCGCCUUUUUAGUGAGGCUAGAAUAAGGAAUUAUAAGAGAUAUUUUUAAAAAGAAAGAAAGGAAAAAAAUCCAUGUCAUGUGCUAUAGCAGAGGCAGCAGGAGCAACCGCGGUAGCAGCAGCAACAGCAACACAGCAGCAGCAAGUCAUUAAGUCAGACUGCACCAUUUUCUUCUCACUCUGCAUAAGAGGUGCUCCUGGGAGCUGCGAUCAACUGCCCACCCCCUCUUGGUACCUCGGAGGUGGCUUCUUCCUGGCCUCAGUUGGUGGGCACAGAUUGUCUGGAGGAGUUGCAAGAGACUUCUCCAGUUGGGGAUGUGUACCUAAAAGAUGGCUAUUUCAAUUGGUAAGCUGCUUAUUUGCAGUUGUGCUCGGAGAACCGCAGAAGAGGCUCUAGUCUACCGCUCAGUUUUGGGUGUUUUUCUUUUUUUUCCCACCUGGCAUCUAGUUCUUUCUGUGUGAACAUUUGUGUGCAGGUGUGUAUUUGUGGGAGUGUUUUGGUAUGCUGCAGUGAAUUAUGGGUGGUGCAGAGGCUAAGGCAAGAGUGUGACCUAUCACGAAGGAGGAGAAGUGGACGAUUUUGUGCGUAGUUCUGUUCCCAGCUGUUGCCGCGUUGGGGGAUAAAUCUAUUUAUAUGCAACAUCACCUGGAUUGCUUUGUAGUAGAAAUUGACUCUUAGAAACUAUUACUACCUGCUUCUGCAAAAUGGCUCAUGCUGCUGCUUCCAUUAAAAAAGUUCGAGAAGCUGAGCUCGAUGAAAAGGAGAAAAACCUUGAGAGGGAAAGAAAAAAACAACGGAAAAUCCCUAGAGAACGAAUAGAGAGGAAACGCAAGUCUGACAGCAAUGCCAGCUUUCUCAGAGCAGCCAGAGCUGGCAAUCUUGACAAAGUGGUAGAGUAUUUGAAAGGAGGAAUAGACAUCAAUACAUGCAAUCAGAAUGGACUCAAUGCCUUGCACCUUGCAGCCAAGGAAGGUCAUGUGGGACUGGUCCAGGAGUUAUUGGAAAGAGGAUCAGCGGUAGAUUCUGCCACUAAGAAGGGAAAUACAGCUCUACACAUUGCAUCAUUGGCUGGACAAGCUGAAGUUGUCAAAGUUCUGGUUAAGGAAGGAGCUAAUAUCAAUGCACAAUCUCAGAAUGGCUUCACUCCUUUAUAUAUGGCGGCUCAAGAGAAUCAUCUUGAUGUAGUGAAAUAUUUGUUGGAAAAUGGAGCUAAUCAGAGCACUGCUACUGAGGAUGGCUUCACUCCCCUGGCUGUCGCACUGCAACAGGGACACAACCAAGCUGUGGCAAUCCUCCUGGAGAAUGAUACAAAAGGAAAAGUGCGACUGCCUGCCCUUCAUAUUGCUGCUAGGAAAGAUGACACCAAAUCUGCAGCUCUCCUGCUCCAGAAUGACCACAAUGCUGAUGUUCAAUCCAAGAUGAUGGUGAAUAGGACAACUGAGAGUGGUUUUACCCCAUUGCACAUAGCUGCACACUACGGAAAUGUUAAUGUGGCAACACUUCUUCUUAAUCGAGGAGCUGCUGUGGACUUCACAGCCAGGAAUGGCAUUACUCCUCUGCAUGUAGCUUCUAAAAGAGGAAACACAAAUAUGGUGAAGCUGUUAUUGGAUCGUGGAGGGCAGAUUGAUGCCAAAACUAGGGAUGGGCUGACACCACUUCAUUGUGCAGCACGGAGUGGGCAUGACCAGGUAGUAGAACUUCUUUUAGAACGAGGAGCCCCCUUGCUGGCAAGGACCAAGAAUGGACUGUCUCCACUUCACAUGGCUGCACAAGGAGAUCAUGUUGAAUGCGUGAAACAUUUGCUACAGCAUAAGGCCCCAGUGGAUGAUGUCACCCUGGAUUAUCUGACUGCCCUCCAUGUUGCUGCACACUGUGGCCACUACCGUGUGACCAAACUUCUCCUGGACAAGAGAGCCAAUCCUAACGCCAGAGCCUUGAAUGGUUUUACUCCACUGCACAUUGCGUGCAAGAAAAACCGCAUCAAAGUCAUGGAACUUCUGGUGAAAUAUGGGGCUUCAAUCCAGGCUAUAACAGAGUCUGGCCUCACACCAAUACAUGUGGCUGCUUUCAUGGGCCACCUGAACAUAGUCCUCCUUCUGCUGCAGAAUGGAGCCUCUCCAGAUGUCACUAACAUUCGUGGAGAGACUGCACUACAUAUGGCAGCCAGGGCUGGGCAGGUGGAAGUAGUCCGUUGCCUUCUAAGAAAUGGUGCUCUUGUGGAUGCCAGAGCCAGGGAGGAACAGACUCCCUUACACAUUGCUUCUCGCCUGGGUAAGACAGAAAUAGUCCAGCUGCUUCUACAACAUAUGGCUCACCCAGAUGCAGCCACUAAAAAUGGAUACACACCUCUCCAUAUUUCAGCCAGGGAAGGCCAGGUAGAUGUGGCAUCGGUACUUCUGGAAGCAGGAGCAGCUCACUCUUUAGCUACUAAGAAAGGAUUUACACCACUUCAUGUAGCUGCAAAAUAUGGAAGCCUAGAUGUGGCAAAACUGCUCUUUCAACGUCGUGCUUCCCCAGAUUCCGCUGGCAAGAAUGGCCUCACCCCACUCCAUGUUGCUGCUCAUUAUGACAACCAGAAAGUGGCACUGCUGCUACUGGAGAAAGGUGCAUCUCCUCAUGCCACUGCCAAGAAUGGCUACACUCCAUUGCAUAUUGCUGCUAAGAAGAAUCAGAUGCAGAUAGCUAUCACAUUAUUGAAUUAUGGAGCAGAAACCAGCAUUGUGACAAAGCAAGGGGUCACUCCACUUCACCUGGCCUCUCAGGAAGGCCAUACUGACAUGGUAACCUUGCUCCUAGAUAAAGGAUCUAACAUCCACAUGUCAACUAAGAGUGGGCUGACAUCCUUGCAUCUUGCAGCUCAAGAGGAUAAAGUGAAUGUUGCUGAAAUCCUUACUAAGCAUGGGGCCAACAAGGAUGCUCAGACUAAGCUUGGUUAUACUCCUUUGAUUGUGGCUUGCCAUUAUGGAAAUGUAAAAAUGGUCAACUUUCUUCUGAAGCAAGGAGCAAAUGUCAAUGCAAAAACCAAGAAUGGCUACACCCCUCUGCAUCAAGCUGCUCAACAAGGCCAUACUCACAUCAUCAAUGUACUUCUCCAGCAUGGAGCCAAGCCAAAUGCCAUUACCACUAAUGGCAAUACUGCCCUAGCCAUUGCUAAACGUCUGGGAUAUAUCUCUGUGGUCGAUACGCUGAAGGUUGUAACUGAGGAAGUUACCACUACCACAACGACGGUUACUGAGAAACACAAGUUAAAUGUACCCGAGACAAUGACCGAGGUCCUUGAUGUUUCUGAUGAAGAAGCCUUAAAACAGUUUGGUGGCCACUUUUCUGAUGGUGAAGCACUUAGUGAUUCAGGUGAGGAUACCAUGACAGGAGAUGGUGGGGAAUACUUGAGACCUGAAGAUUUGAAAGAACUAGGUGAUGAUUCGUUGCCCAGCAGCCAGUUCCUUGAUGGUAUGAGUUACCUGAGAUACAGCUUAGAGGGAGGACGAUCCGACAGUCUUCGCUCCUUCAGUUCAGACAGGUCCCACACCUUGAGCCAUGCCUCUUAUCUGAGGGAUAGCGCCAUGAUUGAUGAGACAGUUGUGAUCCCUAGCCACCAGGUAUCAACUUUGGCCAAGGAGGCAGAAAGGACUUCUUAUCGUCUCAGCUGGGGUACUGACCAUUUAGAUAAUGUGGCCCUUUCUUCCAGUCCAAUUCAUUCUGGCCACUCAUCUCCAUGUCUUGAUCGUGACAACAGCAGUUUCCUGGUUAGUUUUAUGGUGGAUGCCCGAGGUGGUGCUAUGCGGGGCUGCAGACACAAUGGACUAAGGAUAAUUAUUCCACCUCGGAAAUGUACUGCCCCAACACGAGUCACUUGCCGACUAGUCAAACGCCAUAGACUGGCCACAAUGCCUCCAAUGGUGGAAGGAGAAGGUCUGGCCAGCCGUCUGAUUGAAGUUGGACCUUCUGGUGCUCAGUUCCUUGGUAAACUUCACCUGCCAACGGCUCCUCCCCCACUUAAUGAGGGAGAAAGCUUGGUCAGCCGAAUCCUUCAGCUGGGGCCUCCUGGAACCAAAUUCCUUGGGCCUGUGAUUGUGGAGAUCCCUCAUUUUGCAGCUCUUCGAGGAAAAGAGAGGGAAUUAGUGAUUCUUCGAAGUGAAAAUGGAGAUAGCUGGAAAGAGCAUUAUUGUGAAUACACAGAGGAUGAAUUGAAUGAAAUCCUAAAUGGCAUGGAUGAAGUGCUUGAUAACCCAGAAGAUUUGGAAAAGAAGCGGAUAUGUCGCAUCAUUACUCGAGACUUCCCACAGUACUUUGCAGUGGUGUCCCGUAUCAAGCAGGACAGCAAUUUGAUUGGACCAGAGGGAGGUGUGCUAAGCAGUACUGUGGUAUCCCAAGUGCAGGCUGUUUUCCCUGAGGGAGCACUAACAAAGCGAAUCCGUGUUGGUUUACAGGCCCAACCUAUGCACAGUGAACUCAUCAGGAAGAUCCUGGGCAAUAAAGCUACUUUCAGUCCAAUAGUCACUUUGGAACCCAGAAGAAGAAAAUUUCACAAGCCAAUCACAAUGACGAUUCCUGUCCCCAAAAUCUCCAGUGAUUGCAUGCUGAAUGGUUUUGGGGGUGACACACCUACUUUAAGGUUACUGUGCAGCAUAACAGGUGGGACGACUCCAGCACAGUGGGAAGAUAUCACAGGGACCACACCACUUACAUUUGUCAAUGAAUGUGUUUCCUUUACAACUAAUGUGUCUGCCAGGUUUUGGUUGAUAGACUGUCGACAAAUCCAAGAAUCUGUUACUUUUGCUUCCCAAGUUUAUAGAGAGAUUAUUUGUGUACCCUAUAUGGCCAAAUUUGUAGUAUUUGCCAAAUCACAGGAUCCCAUUGAAGCACGAUUGAGAUGUUUCUGCAUGACAGAUGACAAAGUGGACAAGACUCUAGAACAACAAGAAAACUUUGCUGAGGUUGCCCGGAGCAGAGAUGUGGAGGUAUUAGAAGGAAAACCUAUCUAUGUGGACUGCUUUGGGAAUCUGGUACCACUAACAAAGAGUGGUCAACAUCACAUAUUCAGUUUUUUUGCCUUCAAAGAAAAUAGACUUCCACUAUUUGUCAAGGUGCGAGAUACAACUCAGGAACCUUGUGGAAGACUUUCAUUUAUGAAAGAGCCCAAAUCAAGCAGAGGAUUAGUACAUCAAGCAAUCUGCAAUUUAAAUAUCACAUUGCCACUUUAUACUAAGGAGUCAGAUUCAGAUCAAGAACAGGAGGAAGAGAUCGAUAUGACAUCAGAAAAAAAUGAUGAAACAGAAUCUACAGAAACAUCUGUCGUGAAAAGCCACCUCGUUAAUGAAGUUCCUGUCCUAGCAAGCCCAGACUUGCUCUCUGAAGUUUCUGAGAUGAAGCAAGAUUUGAUCAAGAUGACAGCUAUCUUGACAACAGAUGCCUCAGAUAAGACAGGCUCUAUUAAGGUGAAGGAGUUGGUGAAAGCAGCUGAUGAAGAGCCAGGCGAGCCCUUUGAAAUUGUUGAAAGAGUUAAAGAGGACUUAGAGAAAGUGAAUGAAAUUUUGAGAAGUGGAACAUGCACCAGAGAAGAACGGUUAAAUCAGAAGUCUCAGUCAGGGACAGAGUUAGUAGAAGAAGAGUGGGUUAUUGUCAGUGAUGAGGAAAUUGAGGAGGCUAAGCAAAAGGCUCCCUUAGAAAUUACUGAAUCUCCAUGUAUAGAGGUUAGAAUAGAAACAGGGAAAAGAGAAGAAGUUAAAAAAGACCCAACUGGGAUUGUGAAGUAUCUCACUGAUGAUCUAAAUUCCUUUGGUAGUCUUCAUGAAAUGAGGCCACAGACAGGCCAAGAUUCAGUAGGAAAGAAAUCUGAGGCUACUGUUAUUAGCAGGAAUUCAGAAAAGGAGAGACAAAAUGAGAAACAGAAUACACAAGAACCACACAGACCAGCCGUGGGGAUAAAGAAGCCAGUGAGGAAGAAAUUAAAAGAAAAGCAAAAGCAAAAAGAAGAAAGCUUACAAACUAGUGAAGGAACAACUGAUCUUAAAAAAUGUAGCUCAGAGGAGUCAUUAGAUGAGGAACCAGGCUUAGCAAUUGAAGUUGGACACAGUAUAAGAGCUGUGUCUCCAGUAAUAGAAGAAACCCCUAUUGGCUCGAUAAAAGACAAAGUAAAGGCACUACAGAAACGAGUAGAGGAUGAACAGAAAGGCCGCAGCAAAUUACCUGUCAGAGUGAAAGGCAAAGAGAGUAUGACUCAGGAGCUCCCUAAAAAGACAAUUCACAGGUCACAUCUACCUGUGUCAUCCUCAGCUAAAACAGAAAGACAGCCACCUGUUUCACCCUUCACGAAGACAGACAGACAUCCUCCUGUUUCAGGUUUAAUAAAAACAGAGAAACAAUCACCUAUAUCAUCCUCAUCCAGAAGUGAAAGGCCUGCCCCUUUGUUAUCCUCUGGGAAAACAGAGAAACACCCAUCUAUAUCACCUUCCAGUAAAACAGAGAGACGUCCACCUAUGUCACCUUCUGGGAAAACAGAGAAACACUCAUCUGCAUCACUUUCUGGGAAAACAGAGAAACACCUACCCAUAUCACCCUCUGGGAAAACAGAAAGACAUCCUUCUACUUCAUCAUCCUCAAAAACAGAAAAGCACCUACCUGUAUCACCAUCCUCAAGAACAGAGAAACACUCACCUGCAUCACUCUCCUCAAAAGCAGAGAAGCACCCACCCAUAUCACCCUCCUCAAAAGCAGAGAAGCACCCCUCCGUAUCACCCUCCUCAAAAGCAGAGAAGCAUCCACCUAUAUCACCCUCCUCAAAAGCAGAGAAGCACCUGCCUGUAUCACCCUCCUCAAAAGCAGAGAAGCACCUGCCUGUAUCACCCUCCUCAAAAGCAGACAAGCACCUGCCUGUAUCACCCUCCUCAAAAGCAGACAAGCACCUGCCUGUAUCACCCUCCUCAAAAGCAGACAAGCACCUGCCUGUAUCACCCUCCUCAAAAGCAGACAAGCACCUGCCUAUAUCACCAUCAUCAAGAACAGAAAGACUUGAAGAGACAAUGUCAGUUCGAGAAUUAAUGAAAGCCUUCCAGUCAGGUCAGGACCCAUCUAAACAUAAAGCUGGAUUAUUUGAGCACAAAUCUUCAAAACAAAAAUCACCACCAGAAAAAGGAAAAAUCCGGGUAGAAAAAGAAAGGGGGCAGCCACUAACACAGAAAGAAAGUUCCCUGAAAUCAGAAAGUCAAACAAUCAAACGAGGCCAGAAAUUUCAAGCAAUACCACCUUUUGAUUCUAAGAGAGGAGCUCGAGUCUCUGGAGCCAUUAAGAGAGAGGAUAUAGUUGAUGUAAAAGAGAAUGCUUUGGGUCUAACAAUAACUGAACCAACUCACUCAGUGCUUCAAGAAGAAAGCAUGACAGAGAGUUCCUUUACAAAGGAAAAGGGACUUGAUGACUUAGGAGACCUUGAUCUCCAAAUCAGCCCAGACAGAAAAACCUCAACUGACUUUUCUGAGGUCAUAAAGGAAGAGCUAGAAGAUAAUGACAAAUAUCAACAGUUUCGACAAUAUAAAAACACAGAAAAGGCACAGAUCCACUUAGACAAAGUGCUGACAAGUCCAUUCAAUGCCACUUUUCCAUCUGAUUACAUGAAGGAUGGGUUUUUGCCAGAGCUAACAUUAGAAAGCAAUGCCUUAGAUAAUAGCUGUGAAAACCUUAAACAUGAAGGAGUAGCUGCUUCUCCAUGUGGAAGUCUCAUGGAAGGGACACCACCUCAAGUUAGUUCAGAGGAAAGCUAUAAACAUGAAGGACUUGCAGAGACUCCCGAGACAAGCCCCGAAAGCCUUUCUUUCUCAACAAAGAAAACAGACGAGCAAAUUGGGGAAACAAAGGAAACUACUGUGGUAGAUGGGACAACUGAAACUUCUUCAGCAAAACAUCACUCCAUAAUCAAAGACAUUACCUGUGUUUCUGAAAAGCCAUUUGCUGUAGUUAAUGAGACUAUAAAGCCUACUAUUGAGUGUCUUUCAAAAGAGGUUGAUGGAGACUGUUCCAGAGAUAUAUGCCACAGGCAAGAAGUUGGUUGCAUGAGCACCAGUAGCUGUAGUACAAAACUAUCCAAGGAAGCAUCAAAAGCACUUGCCAAAGAAGCCAGUACUGAAAGUCAGCUGAUGCUUGAUAGCUUAACCUCCCUGACACAAACUGGUGAUGAGGACAAAGAAUCAAUCACCAUUGAAGACACAGAUCAGACAAAAGCUCCAGAAGUUUCUGACACUUCCAUACAGAAAGGUGAAAAUGUGGACACUUCUGUAAAAAAAGGUAAAGAGACAGAAUCUGAGCACUAUGGAAGUGUUAGAAGUCCCCAGGGACUAGAACUUUCCCUUCCCAGCCAUGAUAGUGAAGUCCUCAGCCCUGUAGCUGAUGAAUCAUUGGCAGUCAGUCACAAAGACUCUUUGGAAGCAAGUCCAGUCCUAGAAGACAACUCCUCCCAUAAAACCCCGGAUUCUUUAGAGCCAAGUCCUUUGAAGGAAUCGCCUUGCCGUGACUCCCUUGAAAGCAGUCCUGUUGAGCCAAAGAUGAAGACUGGAAUUUUCAUAGGUCAUGUUCCACUUCCUGCAUCCUCCACCAAAGCUGAAGUUUUCACAGAACUAGCUUCUGUGCGUUCGAGGUUUCUCCGUGACCCUGAUGGUAGCGCUGAGGAUGACAGCUUGGAACAAACUUCUUUAAUGGAGAGUUCUGGGAAGAGUCCUCUUUCUCCUGAUACCCCCAGCUCAGAAGAGAUUAGUUAUGAAAUCACCCCCAAAGCAACUGAUGCUGAUGCACCUAAACCAGCAGUAAUCCCUGAAUGUAAAGAAGAGGAUGAUUCUGAAAAUGGAGAAAAGAAGAGAUUCACGCCUGAAGAGGAAAUGUUUAAAAUGGUAACCAAGAUAAAAAUGUUUGACGAACUUGAACAGGAAGCCAGACAAAAGAGGGACUGCAAAAAGGAAUGUAAACAAGAAGAAUCCUCUAUGAUCUCUGAGCUAGAGGGUGACAAUACAGUUUCAACAGAAGUAAAAAAAUCUAUGGCAAGUGAGGAAAGGAAAGGAGACAUUCCAGAUAUCGCAGUUGUGACAUCUGAAAGCAGGAAGACAUCUUCAUCAUCAGAGAGUGAGCCUGAGUUGACCCAACUGAAAAAGGGUAUUGUCUCGGAUCUCCUACCAGAGCCAGUCAUCCGAGUACAGCCUCCUUCUCCACUUCCAUCUGACAUUGACUCCAAUUCCAGCCCUGAAGAAGGGUUCCAGCCCAUUGUUUCUAAACAAUAUACUUUCAAAAUAGAAGAAGAGACCCAGCAAGAAUCAGCAAAGCCAACAAUGGACAAAGAUUCUGAAUCUCCUUCACCUGAGGAAAAACACACCAUUUCUGUUGAAGAAUCAGAGAAUCUGCAGUUUGAUCCAAGCAAGGAGAUAGAAACUGUCAAAGCAGAGACUUGUACUGGACAUGGAUGUGAACCCUGCAGUCCUAAUGAGCCAGCCAUUUCAUUCCAUCCAGAUAUCCAAACUUCCACUGGUGAUGAUUUUGAAGAGAAAUCAGUAGCCCAUAAAAAAUCAUUACAUCAGCAAGAUAUUCAGGAAAAAGAUAUAGCAGGAGAAAAGUUAAAUCUUGAUAUUUCCAAAAUCAAAUCUGUCAAAGUAGAUUGUUCCUGUGAAGAAAAAUCUCAGUUCUUGUUCCCAGUUUCCCAUUGCUCAACAACUGAUAAAACGGAACUAGAUAAAGAUAUUUCCAUCACAUCCUCAGCUGUAGAGUUAGAUAUUGCAAAAAGUGAUCACAGUUUUGAGAGCUCUCCCAAGAACAUUCUUACUGAAGACCUAUCUAUUGCUAUUGAAACAGACAAAUUGUCCAUAAGCGUUCCUGUAACUGAUGCAGCUAAUACUGAUGAAUGUAUAGAUCUACACAUCACAAGCCCUUAUGAAAAUGUUCCUUCCCAAUACUUUUUUUCUAGUGAACAAAGUAAUAUCAAAACAAUUACUAGACAAACAGAAGACUUGCUUUCCACUGAAGCUCAUUCUAUUAACAUAAAAUCAUCUAUUGAUGAUACAAUAAUGGAAAGUUCCCUUAGUGAAUCUGUUUCAAGGGAAAUGUCACUUUUUGAAGACCAAUAUAUGGAAAUAGAAUCAAAACAAGAAAAUUCCCUGCAAACAGGUGACACUGCUUCAUCCUUAGGAACACCUGCAUCUCCUAGUGAGCAUAGAAGUAAGGUCAUCAUCACCAAAACUGAUGUGGAUUCUGAUUCAUGGAGUGAAAUACGGGAAGAUGAUGAAGCAUUCGAGGCUCGAGUGAAAGAAGAAGAACAGAAAAUUUUUGGAUUGAUGGUAGAUAGGCAGUCACAGGGUACAACACCUGAUACCACACCUGCUAGAACACCAACAGAAGAGGGGACGCCUACAAGUGAACAAAAUCCCUUUCUCUUCCAAGAAGGAAAGCUGUUUGAGAUGACCAGAAGUGGUGCCAUUGACAUGACCAAACGAACCUAUGCAGAUGAAAGUUUUCAUUUUUUCCAAAUUGGGCAAGCCAGCCAGGAGACUGUAUCCAAAGACAUAAAAGAAGGAAUGAUAAAAGUGGAGCCCUCUCAGUUGGAGAGAUUACCAGAGUCAGUGAUAGAUUCUGAAGAUACAGAUUUGUCAACAGAAGACUUGAGUGAGAAAGUAGAUGAAAAAGCUUCUACAGAUGAUGGAGUUACCAAAGCUAACCAUACAUCAGGAAUUCCAGUGAAAGUGGGAAUUUCAACUUCCUUUCAAUCAACCACAAAAGAAGUUAUUUCCACAGACACUGCAGACACUGAGACUUUCUCCCCUCAGGAAACUGGUGAUAUGGCCAGUGUGUGCAGCAUAGCUCAGAUAUCUUGUUCUGACUCUCCUGAACCUAUUACAGAAGCUCAGUUAGAUUUUCCUACUGUCAUAAGGUCUGUUUAUUUUGAACGAGAGGAUAAUUCCCCAGAUUCUUCUCCUGAGGAUCAGAAAUCUGUAAUUGAAAUACCCACUGGAGCCACAGAGAAUGUGCCUUCUGCUGAAAGCAAGUCCAGAAUUCCUGUCCGGACUUUACCAGCUUCAUCCUCAGAAUUACCAUCCAUAGAAUGUGAGGUUUCUCUUUCUGAGGAUUCUCCAUUCAGUCCAAAUGAUGAAAGUAGGAAUGAUGAAGCAAAACCAAAGUCUAAAAUCCCCAUCAAAGCUUCCUUCCAAAGAGUUGAGCAGCAGUUUACAUACACAGAGACAUCUGACCAGCAGACAGUGACUCUUCAGCCCUCAGAGCCAAUAAAUAAAGGACAUGAUGAUCUAAGUAAAUCUGAAUCUGAUGCUAGCUCUUGGGACUCAAAGACCAAACAUCCAGUGAAAGCUAGAAAUUAUGUUGAGGUAGAAUCAGAGACCAGAGAGAGUGCAGGGGAACUCCAGUUAAAAACAGAUGAGGGAACUCUACAACCAAAGACAUUUUCCUCAAGGUUGCCAGUUAAAAAUAGAAAUACCUCUUCAUCCUGCAGGACCAUUAGCCCCACAAAAGACAGUAAGGAACACUUUUUUGACCUUUACAAAAAUUCCAUAGAGUUCUUUGAGGAGAUUAGUGAUGAAGCUUCCAAGUUAGUAGAUAAGCUUACCCAGUCAGAGAGGGAGCAAGAAUUAAUGUCAGAUGAUGAAAGUAGCAGUGCCCUGGAAGUUUCUGUAAUUGAAAAUGUGCUACCUGUUGAGAUGGAGCAGUCAGUGCGAGAGGACAUCUUUGAUACCAGGCCCAUUUGGGAUGAGUCCAUUGAGACUCUGAUUGAGCGCAUUCCUGAUGACAAUGGCCAUGACCAUGCUGAAGAUCUGCAGAAUGACCAAGAGCAUAUUGAAGAAAGGUUGGCUCAUAUUGCUGAUCAUCUUGGCUUUAGUUGGACAGAAUUAGCAAGAGAACUGGAUUUCACAGAAGAACAAAUUCACCAAAUCCGAAUUGAAAACCCUAAUUCUCUACAGGAUCAGAGUCAUGCAUUACUGAAAUACUGGCUUGAAAGAGAUGGUAAACAUGCUACAGACAAAAGCCUCACUGAGUGUCUAACUAAGAUCAAUCGGAUGGAUAUUGUUCAUCUAAUGGAAACUUGCAUCAUGGAACCUCUCCAAGAACGAACUAGUCGUACUUAUGCAGAAAUAGAGCAGACAAUUGCACUGGACCAUAGUGAAGGGUUUUCGGUGCUUCAGGAAGAAAUGUGUACCCCACCACACAAGAAAGGGGAGCAAGUUGUUUCUAAAGAGCAUGAAUCAUUUUCUGAUCAUCCCCCUAUUGUCUCUGAAGAGGACAUUUCUGUUGGCUAUUCUUCCUUUCAGGAUAGCAUCUCUAAAACUGAGGGAGAGUUGACAGUAGAAGAACUCACUCAACAAAUUCACAAGGAACGAAUGCAAACUGAGUUCUCAGGAAAACUUGAAGAUUUGAAAGAAGUUUCUCCCAUUGAUCACCAGCAAGAGUACUUUGUCACUACUCCAGGAACUGAACAGGAAGAACCAAGAAAAGUUGCCCAACUAACUGGUUUCCUCCUUAAAACACCGGAAGAAAUUACUGGAACUUUUGAAGAAGAGAGGCUCUACAUCCCAACCCCAGUACCCAAUGAUCAAGGAGAAUCUCCCAUUGUGCAAGAACCUGAGGAGUUCCUUUUAAAUAAGGAUGAGAGCUCUCCAAGGAGAAGUAGUCUUGUCAUUAUAGAGUCAGCUGAAGACCAAACACAGAAACUUGAAAAAUUUGAAGAGGAAUCUUUUGAAAAGGAGCUCACCAAGGAAUUAGGUGAGUUGGAUGACAGCUCAGAUGAGGAUGCUAUGGUAACCACCAGGGUUGUUCAUCGCCGGGUGAUAAUACAGGGAAAUGAAAUGCCUGACAUACCAUCAGAAACAGUGACAGAAGAAGAAUAUGUUGAUGAACAUGGACAUACUGUAGUGAAGAAGGUCACCAGAAAGGUCAUUAGACGGUACCUAUCCCCAGAGGGCAUAGAAAAAGAAGAAGUUACUACGUGUGGAACUCUACAAGAGCCUGUGAUUAUUGAAGAAGGAGAUGGUUAUUCCAAAGUUAUAAAACGCGUGGUGUUGAAGAGCAACAGUGAACAGUCAGAGGUAACUUUCUCUGAGCCCAAUGUUUCACAGUUUCAGUCUGAGCCUGUGGAAGGCCGUAAGGUCAGCAAAGUUGUUAAGACAACCAUGAUACAUGGAGAAAGGAUGGAGAAACAUCUGGGGGAUGCUAGUUUAGCUACUGAUCUUCCAUCAGCCAAAGAUGACUUUGAAGAGGCUUUGAGUUAUGCAGGUAGCCAUGGGAAAGUCCAUCUACCUAGUUUAGUAGAAAAUGAAAUCAUGAAAGAGGAUGGAUCAGUUAUUAAAAGGACAACAAUGAAUAAAGCAGAGAGACAAAAGAGGACUGUAGUAAAAGACCAGCAUGAAAAACACAUUCACUUGGAACAGAUGGAAGAUACACCAGAAGCACUAAAACCAGAUGACCUCCAGCAUGACCUUCAGCAAUUUCUUAAACAUUUCUGUAGGGAGGACUGGAAGCAUGAGGCCAAAUGAGGGGCUACCCACAUCUUAUAAAGAAAAUUACAUACCCACUUAAUAUGCAGCUUUCACUUUCUUCAGGAGGUGUAGUGAUCACAAAUUCCCUAAUUAAUGAAAUAUACUGGCAUUUCUAUUUUUAUCACACAGUGACUUUGGUUUUCUUUCCCCUCCCUCCCCUCUCUCCCUUCCUGCUCCCCGCCCCACCCUUUCUUUUUUUUCCUUUUGUUUUUAAUUGUGACCAAAAAGUCACAAAAAUCACAAAGCUGAUUUGUGACCAAAGAUAGUAUCCUUCAUUCUGGAUAGUUUACCCACUAAAUUGUUAUAUUUAUGCUGUACUGGGAACUUGCCACCUCAAUUGUUCCCUUGCUUCCAGCUAUUUCCAUGAGAAUUUUUUGAUCUGGACAGCACCAUCUGCAGGCCUCUUCAUGUUCUGAUAUUCUGAUGAAAAUACCUACACAGAUUGAAUAUAGUUAAAGUGCUUGAACUUAAAAAACUUUCAAAGAAAAUGUCUACCAUGACUACACUUAUUAUCCUGGAAUAAAGGGUUUAUAGAAAUUGCUGAACAAUAAUUAAUAAAGAUAUUGCUAACACAAUCAACUAAAAAUACAGAUCUGUGCAAAAGCUACCUUGACCAUAGGACUUCCAGCUUAAUGAUCUCUCACCAUGAAGGGCUGUAAGGGUCAGGUGAUGAUCACUUUCAAGUACAGCCUUUUACUGUGAAGUGCCCAUUGGCUGUGCCCCAGCUACACUUUAAGACUCUUAACUGCCACUUAAAGAAUUCUGGGGGAUAAAACCAUUGGAGAACUAAAGAAAAUGAUUAAAUAAUCAAAUCUCUAGCAGCUAAACUACAUCCUAUGGUACAUUUGAAUCUUAAGAUCUUUCCAAUUUGGGACUCAUGGGCAGGGUGUAUUAAAUAGAUAUAGUCAUUUUUUGUUCUCACUGCUUUAGUAAAUCACAUUGUCUUACUGAUGUGGUACCUUUUGCUGGCCACUGCACUAUAGAUAACUCAGUGGAAAACAAGGUUUACUUUCUAGACAUACAGUUAAAUUCUCA